AUGCCCGUGCACGUCCUGUACCUGAAGUGCGACCUUGAGAACGUGCGCGAGGUGCGGUUCGACCCUGCGCACCGCUGGUGUUUGGACAUAAAGAACCCGCUCGGGGAGGACGUGCGGAAGGAGGUGUGGGUCAGCGCCGCCGAGGAGCAUGAUUUGGACGGGAGCCGUGGGACGGCGAAUUUCGUGAUGAAGUGGGACAAGGCCAGCAAGAAGCAGUGCUACGCGUGCGUCCAACAGGUGAAGAACGUGACGCGUCCGAUCACGGAGGACGACAGCGGGUCGUGGGUCCCGGUGGUGGCCUUCGAGUGCCGCGGCCUCGACCCCAUCGCCUUCCACCCAACGAACGGCGCGACGAUCGUGGCGUCGAGCGGGGCGGCCUACGAGGACUGCGACAUUUCGGACGACUGGUGCGAGGUCGAUGAGAAGACGGGGGAGUGUUCCACGGUGAUGAACAUCGAGGCCAAGUUCGAGCUGCACCGGUGA